UUUGCCCCCUCCGUGGCAGCAGGGGGCGCACUGCCAAGCUAGCUUUAAUCCAUCAUGACUGUGGAAACUUCCGUUUCCGAGAGCCAGGGAGCCGCAACAUCAACAUCCACAGACAGAUUCAGUUAAUAGCUUAAAAGUCUUAACGUUAAAAGCGGAGUCCGACGAUGUCGGGGCAAAAGCGUCCUGCCGACCCCAGCGGCCCUUCGUCCUCCGGUGCGCCGCCAGAGAAGCGCAGGGAGCGUGAAGGAGAGGACGGAGGUGCCGGAGUCAGCGCCGCGGCCGGAGGGAGCACCGCGGUGGAGACUGUCAUUAAACUGGGAGGGGUGUCCAACUCUGAAGAACAAGACAUCAAAGCUCUCCAGACUAAGAACAGAAAGUUGGGAGAAUCUCUCGAUCAAAGACAGGUGAUUGAGGAUGAACUUCGAGAGCGAAUUGAGAGAUUAGAGACCCGGCAAGCAACAGAUGAUGCCAGUCUUCUGAUCCUGAACAGAUACUGGAACCAGUUUGAUGAAAACAUUCGGCUGAUCAUCAGGCGUUACGACCAAGCAAGCAGUGAGCCUGAGAAAUCUCCAACGGGCGAGGGGCGGAGCCUGAAGCCAGAAACUCCAGAACCCGAUGGCGACUCCAACCAGGAGAGAGCCAAGGACCGAGGCCAUCAAGGAGAGACGAACAACUCCUUCCUGGCCACGCUGGCUAGCAGCAGCAGUGAGGAGAUGGAGGCAGAGCUUCAGGAGAGGGUGGAGUCUAGCCAGAAGCAGGCUACCCGUGUGCUGGAGAUCUAUGAAUCUCUGAAGAACACUGUGGCUCAGCUCAAGGCUGAGUUGGACUCUGGAGCUGAGGGCAGUCUGUGGGUGGUAGCAUCCAAACUGAACACUCUCCUGACCAGUGAAAACGAGCGGCUUCAACAGCUGACAGAGGACCUCAAACAGAAGUACUCACACAUGACGAGCGAGUCCCGGCUUCUGGCACGGGCGGCUAACAAGGCCGACCAGCGCGUCAGCGAGGUGCAGGCUUUGAUCGAGGAGCUGCAGUGGGACAUGGAGAAGAUCCGCCGGCGGGAAAACAGACUGAACGCACACUUGAGCGAGAUACUGGAGAGGGUAAACAGCAAAGGCUACAAAGUGUGUGGCGAGGCCAGCAGUGUGUGUGGGACCAUCACUAUUAACAAGAGAAAGUUUGAGGAGAUGAACAGUGAGCUGGAGGAGAACAGAGAGCUGGCGGAAAAUCGUCUCAUUGAGCUGCAGAAGCUCGAGCAAGACCUGCAAAAUGUUCAGCAGGAGAACGGCAGCAUGAAGACGGAGCUGCUGAACCGAGCUGAAAGCUUGGUGAAAGAAACCGCAGAGUAUCGCUGUCUGCAGUCACAGUUUUCUGUGCUCUACAACGAGUCUCUGAUCCUCAAGGCUCAGUUAGAUGAGACACGCGCUCGACUCAACACCACGAGGACGGCACGGCUACGACAGCUCGAGCACAUGGAGAAUGAUGAGGUGACUCUGCAGAGGAAGGUGCGCACAGAGGUGUUUCAGUUGGAGGACACACUGGCGCAGGUCAGGAAAGAGUAUGAGAUGCUGCGCAUCGAAUUUGAGCAGACUCUCGCUGCCAAUGAGCAAGCAGGUCCCAUUAAUAGGGAGAUGCGACACCUGAUCAGCACGUUGCAAACUCACAACCAACAGAUGAAGGGAGAGGUGGUGAAAUACAAGUUGAGACUUAGAGAAGCGCAAGCUGAGCUCAACCAGGUUCGCGCUUCAAAGGGCAACGCCCCCCUCCAAUCUCAGUCCAGCACAGAGAUGGAUGUGAAGGAGGAAACGACUUCUCCAUCAACGCUAGCUGUUUCUGGGGAACCUGUGGUCAAGACGGAGCCUGACAACGGCUCCUCCACACCCAGCAGCACAGGUGCCUCAGUGAAAACAGAGUCUGGUAUAGAGCUCGAGGCAACUAUAAAGGAAGAGGAGAAGGAGGAGAAGAAAGAGAAGGAAGAAAAGAAAGAAAAGGACAUUAUAAAGAAGGAGGAAAAAGAGCGAGAGAGGGAGAAAGAGAGGGAAAAGGAGAGGGAGAGGCCGACCCGGAGCAGCGGGAGCAGCAGCAGCAGUAGCAGCAGCAUGAUAAAGGAAGAGAAGGAGAAACCAGGGAGCAGCAGCCAGGCAGAGGAGUUGGCCGGGGAGCGUCUCUCUAUGGUUGGAGGGUCAAAGAGGAAGGAGAUGGAGCAGCUGAAGAUCGUCCGCACAGAACUCAAGAAAGCCCAGGAGUCCCAGCGGGAGAUGAAGCUGCUGUUGGACAUGUACCGCUCAGCACCCAAGGAGCAGAGGGACAAGGUCCAGCUCAUGGCUGCAGAGAAGAAGACCAAGUCUGAGGCAGAGGAGCUGCGGCAGAGGCUGAGGGAGCUGGAGGAGAGGGAGAGGAGGGAGGGCAAGAAAAUGGCUGAUGAAGAGGCUCUGAGGAAGAUCCGUUCUGUGGAGGAGCAGAUCGACAUCCUCAACAAGAAGCUGUCCAUAGCUAAACAGGAGGAAGACGCUCUGCUGAGCGAGAUGGACGUGACGGGCCAGGCUUUUGAGGACAUGCAGGAACAGAACAUCCGCCUGAUGCAGCAGCUCAGAGAAAAAGACGACGCCAACUUCAAGCUGAUGAGCGAGCGGAUCAAGUCCAACCAGAUCCACAAGCUGCUGAAAGAGGAGAAGGAGGAGCUUGCCGACCAGCUACUUACUUUAAAAACUCAGGUCGAUGCCCAGCUGCAGGUGGUGAGGAAGCUUGAGGAGAAGGAGCGCCUCCUGCAGGGCACCAUCAACACUGCUGAGAGGGAGCUGGCACUUCGAACACAAGCCCUGGACAUGAAUAAACGCAAGGCUCAGGAGUCGGCUUUGCUUUCGGAGGAGGUGCGAACUCAGCUGGAGCAGGUUCAGCAGAGGCUCAACCUGGUCAGAGAGGAGGUCGUUGAGAACAGCAUCUCCAGGGAAAAGGAGUCCUUCAAUGCCCGACGGGCACAGGAGGACAUUUCCAAACUGAGGAGAAAGAUUGAGAAGGCCAAGAAGCCAGCCGAGAAAAUCAGCAAUGGAGACGAUAUUCUAAAUGAAGAAAUAAAUGAUUAUAAGGCACGUCUUACAUGUCCGUGCUGCAACUCCCGGGUGAAGGAUGCUGUGCUGACAAAGUGCUUCCACGUCUUCUGCUUCGAGUGCGUUAAGACGCGCUAUGACACACGCCAGAGGAAGUGCCCCAAAUGCAACGCGGCCUUCGGGGCCAACGACUUCCAUCGCAUCUACAUCGGCUAAAAGCCACGCAGCUAAACUCGUGAGGAAGCGGGUCAGCGAGAUGAGCUGGAGUAGAGACACUGCCUGGGGAAAAGGCUCAGCACGGCACUCACGUGCCCCCUCCUCCAAUUAUGUACUUCCCUUACACUCUGAUGUGCAAGAGACUGUUGGUGAGGAGACAGUCGAUGAUUUCAGCUUUGUGUGGGCCGCAGUGAUGCUUUGAAGUUUUUGUUGUUGUUGUUGUUUUAUUUUAACAAUAACCGAAGCUUCUCUCAUCCAGUGUCCACUAAUUAACUUUUUUUAAUGCUGGUGCAGACAGAGACUUGUUUGUGUGCACUUAUUUGAAAGCAGCCCAUUAAACCAGUUAUCAGAGAAACAGCAGUGCUGUGGAUGUUGGUGUGUAUGUACACUGUGAAUGCCAUUGUUUCUUUUUCAUUCUUUUUUUUUUUUUAUCUGCCUGUUUUUGCUCAGUGCUGCCCUGAAACAAGCUGACUUGGUGCUGUAUAAUUGCUGUUCUGCUAGUUAUUAAAAUGACAUGAAAACUG